GCCCGCAGCCUCGGGCCGCCUGGUUUCAGUUUCGCUUUCCCCGAGAUCCCUCCCUGUUCUCGGCAGAGCCGCUCCCCUUCCUCUCUUUGCUGAGCUCUCCGCCGCGGUCGGCUGGAAGUGGGCCACCAUAUUUGGGAACAACAGUCUAUGCUCAGAAACGGAAAACAGUAUAAACAUUUAAAGACCCCAGGGACCUGGAGGAUGGACUUUUCCAAGGGUGCUGGAGCAGCAGCUUCCAAUGAGAAAUCAGGUAGGAUCACUUCACCCUCACUCUUGUUUCAGAAAGUCUUUGCUGCUGUCUUUCCUCAGUGGAGAAAUGGGAAUACGGAAGGAGAAUGUCUCCCCCACAAGUGCUCAGAGACUGGCACUCUUGGAGAAAACUAUAGUUGCCAAAUUCCCAUUAGUCACAAUGACUUCCAAAUUUUAGAAAAUAAUGAGAGUUGGUUGUAUGAAGUCCUCCAGAAUAAAUUUGGGUGUAUUUCUACCCUGGUCUCUCCAGCCCACGAAGAUAACAGGGAGUCUCUGCAAGUCUUCAGAAAAAUGCUGACUCAUGGGCUAGUGUUGUCUGUCUGGAAGGAUGACCUCACCAGACAUGCUGUUGAUGCUGUGGUGAAUGCAGCCAACGGAGACCUUAUUCAUGGGGGAGGCCUGGCCCAGGCCCUGGCGAAAGCUGGCGGCCUUGAAAUCCAAGAGCAGAGCAGAGCAUGGGUUUCCAGAUUUGGAAAAAUACCAGUUGGUCACAUAGCUGUUACAGGAGCAGGGAGGCUUCCCUGCAAAUUCAUUAUCCAUGCUGUUGGGCCUCAGUGGGUGGCAAUGGAUGAACAGGGAUGUGUGGAAAAGCUGCGAAUGGCCAUUACAAAUAUUCUGAAUUGUGUCGUCCUUCACAAUCCACAUAUCGAGACAGUAGCAAUUCCAGCCCUGAGCUCUGGGAUUUUCCAGUUCCCUCUGGGUUCGUGUACACAGAUCAUUGUGGAAACUAUCAAGUCUUAUUUCCAAGGGAAGCAAUCAGCCAGUAAUUUGAAAGAAAUUCACCUGGUAAGCAAUGAGGACCCUACUGUGGCUGCCUUUAAAACUGCUUCAGAAAGCAUCCUAGGGAAGAAUGAGCUGGGCUCCUGGGUGAGACAGGAAGCCACUCCUCCUUCCAAUAUGAUGGUUGUGAAUAACCUGACUCUCCAGAUUGUCCAGGGCCACAUUGAACUGCAGCAGACAGAUGUAAUUGUUAAUUCUGUAAAUCCACUUAGUGGUCUUAGUGUUGGACUUGUGUCAAAGUCAAUUCUACAACAAGCAGGACAAGAAAUGGAACGGGAAUUUAACAAAACAAAGGAUAAGACAGCUCCAGAUUCCCAGUUGGUACUGAUCACAAAAGGAUUUAAAUUGUCCUGUCAAUAUGUAUACCAUGUGUUGUGGCAUUCAGGAUAUCCUAAACUAAAUCAGACAUUGAAAAAUGCAAUAAAGAAGUGUUUGGAAAAAUGCCUUGAGCUAAGUGUAACUUCCAUUUCCUUUCCUGCCCUUGGUACUGGAAACAUUGGUAUGCAGAGGAGUACAGCAGCAGAGAUUAUGUUUGAUGAAGUUUUAACAUUUGCCAAACGGCAUUUGAAAAGACAAUUAACUGUAAAGUUUGUGAUCUUUCCAGAAGAACGGGAGACAUAUAAGGCUUUCUGCACUGAAAUGGCAAAGAAUAUGUCCAAGCCUCAGGGUCUUAACAAUUACAGAGUCUUUUCAGUCUCUCCGUGGACCAUAGGGGUGAAACGAGAAAAUGGGCUCAAAGCUAAAUCUCCUGCCAUCAAUCUGAGGGGACACAACCUGGAAAAGAUGAAUGAGGCCCACGCGUGGAUCCAAAGGUUACUGACCCUACAGGAGCACAUCAUUGAGAAUAAUCAUAUCCUCUACCUUGGGAAAAAGGAACAUGGCAAUUUGUCUCAGCUUCAGGAAGCCUCAAGGGUCUCUAUCUCAGAAAUUAUCAGUCCAGAAAAGGCAAGUUUAGAGAUUAAAGGAGCCCGGGCUGAUGUUAUUGAGGUGGUUAUGAAGAUUGAACGUAUGCUGUGUGAAGUUCAAGAGGAAAUGGCAAGAAAAAAGGAGCGAGACCUCUGGAGCUUGUCCGGACAAUGGACUGAUCAGCAACCGAAAAACUGGGAGGAAAUGAAAGAAAUUACAUUUCAGAAAUGCCUAGUGCUUUCACCUGAAGAAAUUCAGGAUCAAAUGAAACAGUUUGGAAACUGUGGUUUGCAGGUUAUAAAGGUGGAGAAGAUAGACAAUGUGGUUCUUAUGGCUGCCUUCCAAAGAAAGAAGAAAAUGAUGGAAGAGAGAAAGAAUGGGGAACCUGUGAGCCAGAGGCUGUUUCAGCAAGUCCCACACCAGUUCUGCGACCUGGUUUGCAGAGUUGGCUUUCAAAGAAUGUACUCGGUGCCCCACGACCCAAAAUAUGGAGCUGGCAUAUACUUCACCAAGAACCUCAAAAACCUAGCAUCCCAGUUCAAGAAAACAUCUGCCACAGAUAAGCUGAUCUAUGUGUUUGAGGCUGAAGUACUCACAGGCUCCUUCUGUGAGGGUCAUCAGUUAAAUAUUGUUCCUCCACCAUUGAGUACUAGUGCCAUAGAUAGCCAUGACAGUGUGGUUGACAAAGUUAGCAGCCCUGAAACCUUUGUUAUUUUUAGUGGCACGCAGGCUAUGCCUCAGUAUUUGUGGACUUGCACCCAGGAUCAUGUACAGUCACAGGAUUACUCAUUUGGACAAAUGAUGCUGUCUCCACAGCAGAUUUGGAGAGGAUCAAGUGGCAGCCCUGUUGACUAACUUCCACAUCAUUUUAACAACUGGCAUGGCCUUACUUUGGAGAAACUAACCAAAUAAUGAUCAUCAGUGACUCAAAGAGUGGUUUGAAUAUGUCAAAUGGUUGUCUGUGUAGAUUGAUUGGGUUAUUGGGUUAUUGAAGCCACAUACUAGCAUCUUGGUGCCUUCAUCUUUGUCUUCAUCUCUUGGGGUUGGGGUGGGUAGAUACCAACUAAAACACUCUCAGAACCAUUCCUUCUCCUUCAAUUUGUCCGUUCAUCUCCUUUACAACAGGUAAUAGUAAAGAUUUUUUACUUGUAAUGAGGAGAUUUUUCUAGUAUAUAAUCCAAGCCUUCUAAUUUUUAAAAUGAUAGUGUAACAUAUUAGGACAGCAGGAUGAUUUUAGAUUUUCCGGAGAAUCUGAUACAGUGCUUUAGGUAUCAAAAGAAAUCACCUUUAUCUGAGUAAGUGGCUUUGAAGAAUUACAUGUAAAAUGAAACUAUUUGAAAUGAAAGGACAUCAAAAGCCUGAUAUUCUACUGACGUCCUGUUUGGAUUCAGCCAUAUCAAGCAAUGCCACUCAAGCACCAUGAGGCCCAAUAAUUAAUUCACCAACUAUUUGCUGAUCACCAGAUGUGUUUCAGUCACUUUCUGGGUGCUGAGAAUAAGAUGUGGAACAACACAAAUGUCUUCAUAAAGCUUUCAGGCUGAAUAAUCAGAGAGGCAGCGAUGGACAACUUAACAAGUGUGAUUGGAUAUAACAAAAGAGAAAUUACAGAUUCUUUAGAAAAAUUUAAAGGAGAGAGGGAUAAAUUAAUCAGAGGUUGGGAGGAAGGCCUUCUAAAGAAAGUGAAACUCAAGCAGAGACCUGAAGAAUUUGUAAGAGUUAGGCGAGUAAGAGAUGCAGCAAAUCGGGAGCAGAGACAGAAGAGUAUUUUAUGCAGAGGGAAUAGCUCUUACAGAGGCUGAACCCGCUGUGACUGUGCCCAAAUUUGACUUCAGAGUUCUGCAAUGUAGAAGCCAGCAAAUCUCAUCAAGCAUCUCUUGCCUAUUCAGAAAUCCAUGUUUCUCUAGAAUUCCAAACUUUCCUGACCCUCACAUCUUCAACCUCUUAGACAGAACACUUCCUCCUCCUCAUCUGACCAUAACCAGAAUUCUUCCUCUUGAAAGAAGCAUGCUUAUUGUCUCAUAUAGUAUUUUCCUGGGAUAUGGGCAACAGGAGCCCUGCCUUGGACCUCUAGUUUGAGAGGGCCCCACUCUAGCCUUCCUCCAGCUGUGCUCAUCUGCACAAGGUGAGAAUCCACAGGGUCAAGAGCAUUUAUCCAUUUGGAGCCCACACACCUCACUCGGAAAACACCCACUAGGUACCUGGAAACCUCAAAUUUCCUGCCUACACAGCUCCAAGUCUAUUUCCAGGGCCUGGUUGGGCCUCUUUCUUGGGUCUCUCCUCCUAAGGGUGGGCUAUGCCAUAGUCUGCAUCAAGAAAUGGCCAAGGGUGACCAUUUGCAGGGAUGGAACUUGCACAUGAGGGCUGAGGUGUUCACAUGCCUAUGCAUGAGGCCUGUGAUACAGAGCUGAGGGUGAGAGUCCAGAUUUGCAAGAUCUAGCAUAUGUUUAAUAGGGAUUUCAAAAAAGAAGGGAGGAGAGGCAAUGUUCACAAGGAUAAGAAAAAAAAAAAAAACCCAUACCAAGAAACAUCAUAGUGAAACUGUAGACCCCCAAAGAGGUGAUCUUAAAAGCAGCCAGAGAGAACAGCCAAAUCAUCUACAAAGUAAUGACAAUUAGACUGACAGCAUACUUCUUGUGGUAGGCAGAAUGAUGCGUUCCCCCUGCCCAUUGCAAAGAUGUCCACACUUCAAUCUCCUGAAUCUGUGAAUAUGUCACCUUACAUAGCAAAAGGAAUUUUGCAGAUGUGAUCAAGGUCACCCUUCAGAUGGGAAGAUUAGCCAGGAUUAUCCAGAUGAGCUCAAUCUAAUUCUAUAAGUCUUUCAAAGUAGAGAAUCUUCUUAGCUGCUUCAAAAAGAUGGCAGCAUGAGAAGGAUUUGAUGCUUCGUGCUGAUUUUGAGAUGUAGGAGGUUAUGUGCAAGGACUAGAGAGAACCUUCUAGCGGCUAAGGGUGGCUCCCAGCUGACAGCCAGCAAGGAAACCAAGAUCUCAGUCCUUUAACUGCAUGGAACUGAAUUUUGCCAACACCUAAGUGAGCAAGGAAAUGGACUCAAAAGCUUCCGGAAAGGAUUGAAGCAAGCCUGCUAACACUCUGAUUUUAGCCCCAUGAGACCCAUACCUGACUUUUGACCUUUAGAACCAUGAGACAAUAAAUUUGUGCUCUUUUAAGUCAUUAAAGUUGUGGUAAUUUGUUAUGGCAGUAAUAGAAAACGGAUACACUUUUCACCAGCAACAAUGGAAGCCUGAAGACAUUAGUAUAAUAUUUUCAAAGGGCUGAGCAAAAUUAACUGUUAACCUAGAAUUUUAUAAUAAGCUAAACUUUUAUUUUGCCUUGAUUUUGAAUAAAGGCAGUCUCAGACCAUCAAAAACUGAAUUUACCAACAAUAGAUUCUCAUUCAAGAAACUUAAAGAUACACUUCAGGAAAGAGAGAAAAAACAAAGCAAAAUUUAAGAUGCAAGAAGGCAUGAUGAGCAAAGAAAUAGUAAAUAUUGAUAUAUGUGAAUUGUCUUUAUGAAACAACAUUAAUAGGAAUGUCUAAUUUAGGGAAUAAAAUAAGACAAAUAAAAUACUGAAAAAUGAACCAUGUAAAAUAGUGGAGUGAUGACUACAGUUAAAGGGAUUUAAAGUCCUUGUGUUGUUCAAGAGGAGAUUAGUGUUAUUAAGUUUAUUAUGCAGAUUAAAAUUUAAGGGCAGCCACUAAAAGAAGAGAAAUAAAGUAUCUAACUUCUAAAUAGUAGACCAAAAAAUGGAAUGAAGAAAAUCCAGGGGCCGGCCCUGUGGCGUAGUGGUUAAGUUCAACGUGCUGCACUUCGGUGGCCUGGGGUUCACAGAUUCAGAUCCCGGGUGCAGACCUACACCACUUGUCAGCCAUGCUGUGGCAGUGACCCACAUACAAAAUAGAGGAAGACUGGCACGGAUGUUAGCUCAGGGUGAAUCUUCCUCACCAAAAAGAAAAAAAAAAAAGAAAAUCCAGGGGCCAGCCCCAUGGCCUAGUCGUUAAGUUCGGCGUGCUCCCCUUCGGUGGCCUGAGUUCAGUUCCUGGUUGUGGACCUACACCAGUCAUCGGUGGCCAUGCUGUGGCGGCAACCCACAUACAAAAUAGAGGAAGACUGGCACAGAUGUUAGCUCAGGGCAAAUCUUCCUCAGAAAAAGAAAAAAGAAAAUCCAAAAAACACUGGCAAAGCAAGUAGGGGGAAGAAAGAAUCAGGAGGGAAAAAAAGUGAGACAAAUAGCACAAAAUGGUAG